AGCCGCAGACCCUCGACUAUCGCGAUAGACGAGUGAGAUCGAUGCUGGCCCUUUAACAGCCCCUUCCCCGGGGCCUGCCCAGCGCGUGCGCACUGCGGUUCUGCGCUUGUCAUCAUGGCGACGCGGGGCCAUGUGCAGGACCCUAACGACAGGCGCCUCCGGCCCAUUUACGAUUAUCUUGAUAAUGGUAAUAAUAAAAUGGCAAUUCAGCAAGCAGAUAAAUUAUUGAAGAAGCAUAAGGAUCUUCAUUGUGCUAAGGUUUUAAAGGCAAUUGGUUUACAGAGAACUGGAAAGCAAGAAGAAGCCUUUACUUUAGCACAGGAGGUGGCGGCCCUGGAACCCACAGAUGACAAUUCACUGCAGGCGCUCACUAUUCUCUACCGGGAGAUGCAUCGGCCGGAAUUAGUUACGAAACUUUAUGAAGCGGCUGUGAAGAAAGUUCCCAACAGUGAGGAGUAUCACUCUCACCUCUUCAUGGCCUAUGCCAGAGUGGGUGAAUACAAGAAAAUGCAACAGGCUGGCAUGGCUCUGUAUAAGAUUGUCCCCAAAAAUCCUUACUAUUUUUGGUCUGUGAUGAGCUUAAUUAUGCAAUCAAUAUCAGCACAGGAUGAAAACCUCUCAAAAACAAUGUUUCUGCCUCUUGCUGAGAGAAUGGUCGAAAAAAUGGUGAAAGAGGACAAGAUAGAAGCUGAGGCCGAAGUUGAACUUUAUUAUAUGAUCCUGGAACGAUUGGGAAAGUACCAGGAGGCCUUGGAUGUCAUUAGAGGGAAAUUAGGAGAAAAGCUGACAAGUGAGAUUCAGAGUCGGGAAAAUAAAUGCAUGGCUAUGUACAAGAAGCUAAGCAGGUGGCCGGAAUGCAAUGCCCUUUCUCGGCGCCUCUUACUGAAAAAGAGAAGGAUAAUAAAGGCAAUAAAAUACCUUUUUCAUGUGUUUAUACCCAGCUCUUUAGAAGGAGAAGUACAUUAUUCUGCAGAAGAAGCUGUGAAGUUUAUAGAGGAUCAGAUAACAGAAGAAUCUAAAAGUUCUCGCCAUCUCAGGGGACCACAUCUAGCUAAACUGGAGCUGAUUAGGCGUUUACGAAGUCAAGGUUGUAAUGAUGAGUUCAAACUAGGUGACCCAGAAGAAUUAAUGUUCCAGUAUUUUAAAAAGUUUGGGGAUAAACCAUGUUGUUUUACAGACCUGAAGGUGUUUGUUGACCUCUUGCCUGCUACACAGUGUACAAAAUUCAUUAAUCAGUUACUUGGAGUUGUUCCUUUGUCGACACCAACAGAAGAUAAGCUGGCACUGCCUGCUGAUAUCCGAGCUCUGCAGCAACAUUUGUGUGUGGUACAGCUGACGAGGUUACUUGGCUUGUACCACAUCAUGGAUAAAGAUCAAAAAUUGAGUGUUGUCAGAGAAUUGAUGUUAAGGUACCAGCAUGGCCUGGAAUUUGGGAAAUCCUGUUUGAAAACAGAAUUGCAGUUUUCUGACUAUUAUUGUCUCCUUGCUGUCCAUGUGCUUAUUGAUAUAUGGAGAGAAACAGGUGAUGAGACUGCUGUGUGGCAGACCCUGACCCUGCUGGAAGAAGGAUUAACCCAUAGCCCUUCCAAUGCUCAAUUCAAAUUGCUGCUUGUUCGAAUCUACUGUAUGCUGGGUGCAUUUGAACCAGUGGUGGAUCUCUACUCCAGCCUUGAUGCUAAACAUAUCCAGCAUGACACCAUUGGUUAUCUUUUGACCCGAUACGCCGAAUCUCUAGGUCAGUAUGCUGCUGCAUCCCAAUCCUGUAACUUCGCACUCAGGUUUUUCCACUCCAACCAGAAAGAUACCUCAGAAUAUAUUAUUCAAGCUUACAAAUAUGGUGCGUUUGAGAAGAUCCCAGAGUUUAUCGCUUUUAGGAACAGGCUGAAUAAUUCUCUUCAUUUUGCACAAGUUCGUACUGAACGGAUGCUGUUAGAUCUUCUACUUGAAGCAAAUAUAUCAACCAGUUUAGCAGAAAGUAUAAAGUCAAUGAAUCUUAGGCCAGAAGAGGAUGACAUUCCAUGGGAAGAUUUGAGAGAUAACAGAGAUUUAAAUGUUUUCUUCAGCUGGGAUCCACAAGACCGGGAUGUUUCUGAAGAGCAUAAGAAACUUUCCUUGGAGGAGGAGACCAUGUGGUUAAGAAUACGUUCCUUAACAUUGAGGCUGAUCAGUGGACUUCCAAGUCUUAACCACCCUGUGGAGCCAAAGAACUCAGAGAAGACUGCUGAGAAUGGUGUCUCCUCCCGGAUUGAUACUCUGCGUUUGCUCCUUCAACAGCUAGAGGUGGCUGUGGAAACAGGAAAGCGAUUUAUUGAGAAAAAAAUUCAGUAUCCUUUCCUUGGUCCUGUACCUACCAGAAUGGGUGGAUUCAUUAAUUCUGGCUGUUCUCGAUGCCAGAUAAGUUCCUUUUAUCUUGUUAAUGAUAUUUAUGAGCUGGAUACCAAUGGUUUAGAGGAUACAAUGGAGAUACAGGAGCGAAUAGAGAAUAGCCUUAAGUCUUUAUUAGAACAGUUAAAAGAUGUCUUCAGUAAAUGUACAGGUGACCUCUUAGAAGUAAAAGAUGGUAAUUUGAAAACACACCCUGUUCUUUUAGAAAAUCUAGUCUUCUUUGUUGAGACCAUUUCCAUUAUCCUUUGGGUAUCUAGUUACUGUGAGAGCAUCCUGCGACCAUACAAAUUAAAUUUACAGAAAAAGAAAAAGAAGAAAAAAGAAACCAGCAUCAUCACGCCACCUGUCUUCACCAGUUUCCAAGACUAUGUGUCUGGACUUCAGACUUUAAUUUCCAACGUUGUGGAUCAUAUUAAAGGGCUUGAAACACAUCUAAUUGCACUUAAGCUUGAAGAACUUAUUUUAGAAGACACUUCUUUCUCUCUGGAAGAGAGAAAAUUUUCAAAGACUGUGCAAGAGAAGGUGCAGGGCAGUUAUCUGCACUCACUUCUGGAAAUGGGGGAGCUGCUGAAAAGAAGGCUCGAGACCACAAAGAAACUAAAAAUUUAACGACAUAUAAAGCAUAAGCACUGAUGACUCUACAGCAGAAAAUGACAGUACCAUCUUCCCAGACAAAAGCAACAUCUGGUUGACCAUCAUUUUAAUCCAGAACUUCCUCAUAAAAUGCAUGAAGGACUUUGAUCGUGAAUUAAUUUUUUAGGUAUUAAAUAUAUACAACUGAUUAAA